CAAUCAUAUGGCAGCGCGUGAGACUGUGGACACCGGUCGGAGACCGGUGCUGGGCUCUGCAGCUUUGACUCAAGACUCUCUCGGCCAUGGCCUCGGAAAAGCCUCAGGACCUGGUCGUCACCUGCACCGCGCCGGUCAACAUCGCGGUUAUCAAGUACUGGGGGAAGCGCGAUGAAGCACUGAUCCUGCCCAUCAACUCCUCUCUGAGUGUCACGCUGCACCAGGACCAGUUAAAAACCAUCACAACUGCCGCCAUCAGCAAGGACUUCACAGAGGACCGCAUCUGGCUGAAUGGUCAAGAGGAGGAUGUGGGGCAUCCGCGACUCCAGGCCUGCCUGAGGGAGAUCCGCCGCCUGGCUCGGAAGCGGAGGAGCACGGGGGACGGGGACGCACUUCCCCUCAGCCUCAGCUAUAAGGUGCACGUGGCCUCAGAGAACAACUUCCCCACCGCUGCAGGCCUGGCAUCGUCAGCAGCGGGCUUCGCCUGCCUAGCCUAUACCUUGGCCCGUGUCUAUGGGGUUGAGGGGGACCUCUCUGAAGUGGCUCGGCGGGGCUCAGGCAGCGCAUGCCGCAGUCUUUAUGGGGGCUUCGUGGAGUGGCAGAUGGGGGAGCAGAGCGAUGGGAAGGACAGCAUUGCCCGGCAGAUAGCCCCCGAGUGGCACUGGCCCCAACUCCGAAUCCUUAUCCUUGUGGUGAGCGCCGAGAAGAAGCAGACGGGCAGCACAGUGGGCAUGCAGACCAGUGUGGAGACCAGUACCCUGCUCAAGUUCCGGGCGGAGUCCGUUGUGCCUGAGCGCAUGAAGGAGAUGACCCGCUGCAUCCAAGAGCGGGACUUCCAAACUUUUGCCCAGCUGACCAUGAAGGACAGCAACCAGUUUCAUGCCACCUGCCUCGAUACCUUCCCACCCAUCUCCUACCUCAACGACACCUCCAGGCGCAUCAUCCAGCUAGUACACGGCUUUAACACACACCACGGGCAGACAAAGGUGGCAUACACAUUUGAUGCGGGCCCCAAUGCUGUGAUCUUCACUCUGGAUGACACUGUGGCUGAGUUCGUGGCAGCUGUGAGGCACAGCUUUCCCCCUGCAACAAACGGAGACAAGUUCCUAAAGGGGCUGCCGGUGACGCCUGUUCUUCUCUCCAAUGAGCUGAAAGCUGCACUGGCCAUGGAGCCCAGCCCUGGUGCUGUCCAGUACAUCAUUGCCACUCAGGUUGGACCAGGGCCUCAGGUCCUAGACAACUCGCACGCUCAUUUGCUGGGCCCAGAUGGCCUGCCACAUCAGGGCCGCUGACCUCUUCCAUGCCCAUCCCUCGUGCCGCUGGAAGAUGGCCUGCCACAUCAGGACCGCUGACCUCUUCCAUGCCAAUCCCUCAUGCUGCUGGAGAAAGGGUUGCUCACUGGGACUGGGAGCUGGUGUGCUGACUGCCCAUGCCUGUGGGGGUGCCUGAUGGUAAUGCCAUGCUGGUGGGGGACAUGGAGUGGUGAUAAGCGCCUGUCUAGGCAGCCGGGGUGCGGGGGUCCCCAAUCAAGUGCCUCACAUUCCCUGUGGGUUUCCAAAGGGCUCGCAGAAACUCUGUGGACCUCCCUGUAUUCCAGACAGCAGCUCGUCAGGGAAGGGGAGUCUGUGUCUCUCCCAUUGGAGAAGUUUCUAGAGCCUCAGAGAGCAGCUAAGCUCGGAAGCCGAUGGCCAGAGAGCAGACACUUCUCUGCUGAGCCUGGGGCUGCUAACUCAGGCCACACUACGGAUGGAAUAUUUCUUUAUAAAGACCAGUGACCCCUCAUCUUGAGGGCAGAGGCUGUUGAGCCCACAGAGUGGGGGUCCCUUGUGGGUGUGGGUGCAUCAUGAAGGUGCAGGUAUUGGACCUGAUGACCCCAGGAAUAAAGUGUGCUGCUGCUGA